CACUUUUUCUUCACUCUUCCCUCCUUCCUUUCUUCUCCCCAAUUCUCAUUCAUUCUCUUCUCUUGCGUUCCUCACUUCUUCAACAACCACAACAACACCUUAACCUAACGAUUCAUUUUCCAUCUAUCAAUGGCUCCUACAGCAGCAUCUUCAGACUCUAUACAGCCUAGAGAUGUUUGCAUUGUUGGUGUUGCACGUACACCAAUGGGUGGGUUUCUUGGUGCUCUUUCAUCUGUACCUGCCACAAAGCUCGGUUCUAUAGCCAUUGAAGCUGCUCUUAAAAGAGCUAAUGUUGAUCCAUCACUUGUGGAAGAAGUAUUCUUUGGGAAUGUCCUUAGUGCGAAUUUGGGGCAAGCUCCUGCUAGACAAGCUGCUCUCGGUGCUGGACUAUCCAAAUCUGUAGUCUGCACUACUGUUAAUAAAGUUUGUGCUUCAGGAAUGAAAGCUACAAUGCUUGCUGCACAGAGUAUUCAAUUGGGCAUAAAUGAUGUUGUUGUGGCUGGUGGUAUGGAAAACAUGUCUAGUGUACCUAAGUACUUGGCAGAAGCAAGGAAAGGUUCCCGCCUUGGACACGACUCACUAGUUGAUGGGAUGUUGAAAGAUGGUUUGUGGGAUGUCUAUAAGGAUGUUGGUAUGGGAGUGUGCGCUGAACUCUGUGCAGAUAACCAUUCAAUAACUAGAGAAGACCAGGAUAAUUUUGCAGUUCAGAGUUUUGAACGCGGAAUUGCUGCUCAAGAAAGUGGUUCCUUUGAUUGGGAAAUCACUCCAGUUGAAGUGUCUGGUGGAAGGGGAAGACCAUCAACAAUUGUUGACAAGGACGAGGGCCUAGGAAAGUUUGAUGCUGCCAAGUUACGCAAACUCCGACCAAGCUUCAAGGAGACUGGAGGUUCUGUUACUGCUGGCAAUGCUUCUAGCAUAAGUGAUGGUGCUGCUGCAUUAGUUUUGGUGAGUGGAGAGAAGGCAUUGAAGCUUGGGCUUCAGGUCAUUGCAAAAAUCAGUGGAUAUGCUGAUGCUGCUCAGGAACCCGAGUUAUUUACAACAGCUCCAGCCAUUGCCAUCCCCAAAGCUAUCUCCAAAGCAGGGUUGGAGAUUUCACAAAUUGAUUUUUAUGAAAUUAACGAAGCCUUCGCGGUUGUGGCUCUUGCAAAUCAGAAGCUUCUCGGUCUAGAUUCGGGAAAAAUAAAUGUACAUGGUGGAGCUGUAUCAUUGGGUCAUCCUCUUGGUUGCAGUGGCGCCCGAAUCCUGGUGACACUUUUGGGGGUACUGAAGAAGAAAAAUGGAAAAUACGGUGUUGGUGGUGUUUGCAACGGAGGAGGUGGUGCUUCUGCCCUUGUUCUGGAGCUCGUGUGAACGUAAUUCAUAUUCGGUUGUUGUUUUAGAUUCAGCUUUACACGACGUUCAAAUUGUGACAAAAAGGAAAGAGUGAAAAUUUAGGAAUUAGAUUUAAGUCUGAGAUGUUGUUAAAUUGGAAAUUUUUUAGGAGCAAAGUAGACAUCAUUUAGAUUUUCAUUUUGUCUGUAAUAAGUUUCUGGUGUACCUUGUUAUGUGAUGAAUAAUUCUUCAAACCUCUUAUUCAGAACACAGGAUUACACAGAUUCAUGUGCUUUACAAGUGUUGUGUUUAAAACUGAAAUGUUACCACUUAUUAUUGA